CUCCCAUUCAAGGGAAAGGGGUUUUGCUUCACUUUCCCUCUUGCCUCCCCCGUCGCGGCAACAAUGCGCCCAACCCGGAACUCCGGCUUCUCUGCCAGCUGCUGCUGCGAGUGCCUGGUUUCUUUCCUCCUCCUCCUCCUGUUCCUGCUUCGCAUGGCUGCGUGGACCGGGAUCCCAGGCGAAUGGAGCUCGCGGAAGUCAACCUGGCCGACGACGGAGGCAGCCGGGAGGCAGAGCCCGCCAAGGCCCGGCGUGGGAGCAGCGCAGACAGUCUGGAGGAGGAGGAGGCGGAGGAGGGGGUCCGGAGGGCCAGCCGCGCCUCCUCGCUGGUCAGCGGCCUCUUGACGGAGCUCUACAGCGCGGGGCGGUGGUCCUGGCACCGGAGCAGCGUGGACAGCUCCACCGAGGCCUCCGCCGGCUCCGACGCCUUCCCCGGCGGGCGCCACGAGUCCCGCGCCCUGCAGGAGCUGCAGCGCAGGCCCGGCCCCCGGCACCAGAGGCAGUACCUGGCCCGGAAAGAUUUGAGUGAGCUGACAACUAUAAUACGAGAGCUGAAUUAUACAAUCUGUGUUCAGUCAUCAAAGCUACUUCGCCUUCUGAAACAAAAGGAUAGGCUUUUGCAUAAAGUACAGAAGAACUGUGAUAUUGUAACAGCCUGUUUGCAAGCGGUUUCCCAAAAGCGACGAGUUGACACAAAGUUGAAGUUUACACUUGAACCAUCUUUAGGUCAACAUGGGUUUCAGCAGUGGCACGAUGCUCUUAAAGCAGUGGCUAGAUUGCCAACAGGAAUACCAAAGGAGUGGAGGAGAAAGGUCUGGCUCACCUUGGCAGAUCACUACUUGAGGAGUAUAGCAAUUGACUGGGACAAAACUAUGCGCUUCACUUUCAAUGACAGAAGCAAUCCUGAUGAUGACUCCAUGGGUAUUCAGAUUGUAAAGGAUCUUCAUCGAACUGGGUGUAGUUCUUACUGUGGCCAGGAGGCAGAGCAAGACAGAGUAGUACUAAAAAGGGUCUUACUGGCCUAUGCCAGGUGGAACAAAUCUGUAGGCUAUUGUCAAGGUUUUAACAUCCUAGCUGCUCUCAUCCUGGAAGUCAUGGAAGGCAACGAGGGAGAUGCAUUAAAAAUCAUGAUUUACUUAAUUGAUAAAGUGCUGCCUGAUAGCUACUUUGUCAAUAAUCUUAGAGCACUAAGUGUUGAUAUGGCUGUGUUCCGAGACCUUCUGAGAAUGAAACUCCCUGAGCUUUCCCAGCAUUUGGAUACUCUGCAGAGAGCUGCCAAUAGGGAAAGUGGAGGUGGCUAUGAACCUCCACUCACAAAUGUCUUCACGAUGCAGUGGUUCCUUACUCUCUUUGCAACAUGUCUUCCUAAUCAUACGGUUCUAAAAAUUUGGGAUUCUGUGUUCUUUGAAGGGUCAGAAAUUAUAUUGCGAGUUGCCUUGGCUAUAUGGGCAAAGCUGGGAGAGCAGAUAGACUGUUGUGAAACUGCAGAUGACUUCUAUGGCACCAUGGGCAAGUUAACUCAAGAGAUGCUGGAAGACAACCUUAUUGACAGCAACGAACUCAUGCAGACUGUUUAUUCUAUGGCCCAGUUCCCUUUCCCACAGCUAGCAGAAUUAAGGGAGAAAUACACGUACAAUAUCACUCCUUUUCCUGCUUCAGUGAAAUCAAACUCCGGGCGUCUAGGUAAGGUUAGAGACAGUGAUGAAGAGAAUGAACUUGAUGAUGAGGAUUCCAUAGCUAAUGUCAUUGGCUGCCUUGGGCCAUUCAGUGGGUUUCUGGCUCCAGAACUACAAAAAUAUCAAAAGCAUUUCAAAGAACAUAAUGAGGAGCAGACUUUGGGAUCUAGUAAUAUUGCAGAACUAAGUCCUGGAGCAAUAGAUGCCUGUCGAAGUGAAUACCAUGCAGUCUUUAACAGCAUGAUGAUGGAACGAAUGACUACAGACAUCAAUGCACUGAAAAGACAGUAUUCCCGAAUAAAGAAAAAACAGCAGCAGCAGGUUCAUCAGGUGUACAUCAAAGCAGGGUCUGAAGAUGAAGACCCUGGGCUAUUGUUAAAUCCCAGGGACCAGCUGAAUAAUGAUAAAGGACCAGCUACCAAUCUUCUGCCUUCUCAAGUGAACCAUUCUCCAGUGAUCAACCAUCUUCUGCUAGGAAAGAAGAUGAAGCCAACUAAUCGUUCUGCCAAAAAUGCCAUUAUUCACAUUCCAAAUCAUGCUGGAGGCAAGAUGUCACCUGGCCCCCAUGAAGACCUUAAAACAAAACUCAACUCUCCCUGGCGCACUCACAUUAGGGUACAUCGGAAGAACAUGGCAAGAGCCAAAGGCCAGCUGUGCCAUGGUGAUACUAUAGGACUAAUAGAAGAACAGAGUGAAGGUGGAAAAGCCAAGAGCAUUGGCGCAAAAGAGGAGACUUCAAGCAAAUCAGAAUCCGUGGAUGGAGAAGGAAGUGAUUCAGAUGCUGGGAUUACCAGGAAAGCUGAUGGACAAUCUCCCGAACCAGCGUUCAAAGAUACUAAUGUCAGUGCAAAUAUAUCAGCAGUUCAGCUGAAGCUGGAAGCACUGGGACUUACCCAAAACAACAAAGAUGACAUUGACUCCAAGCCGAGUCUUUACUGUCAGACACACACCUCUGAAAUGCUGGAUUCGCCCAAAGACACUGAAACAGUGGCAACGUCCCCUGCAGUCAGCACUCCCAAGUCUCAAGUCUUCAGCCCUUUCCCCAGUGUCAAGCCACUUAGAAAAUCAGCUGCAGCCAGGAAUCUAGGAUUGUAUGGUCCAACUGAAAGAACCCCAACUGUUCACUUCCCACAAAUGAGCAGAAGCUUUAACAAGCCCACAAAUGGUAACAGUGGUUCUAAAAGACGGUGAUGCUUAUACUCCACUUCAUUAAUAUUACCAUAGUCAUGAUCACUGCUGUUUGAAUUUUUUUUGUGUGUAUCUGUGGGCCCAAAGGGAUUUAUAUGUAAUUUAUUUAAUUGAAAUAAGGGAGAUUAGCGACAAAAAUGUCAGAAAUCUGUGUUUUUCUAUAAUAUAGAUUAGUGAUGGUGGCACAUUUAGUUUUCAUGGCAAAAAAUAAACUGACUUGCAACACAGGAAAUGUUUUGAAUUUAUUACCUACAGGGUGGAAAAAACCUGUAGUAAAUGUCUGCCACUUCUCAGUUCUGCCAGGCAUUCAAAUGAUACUUGUAGAACAGGUUUUGUUCAGUUUUAUUCACCAUCAAAACAUUUGGGCAAGAUUAUCACCACUUUGUGGCAAUUAGUUAAUCCUCUUUGCUGCCUGGAACAGAACUGAGUCUUUCAGUCUUUUAGACAGAUUAAAAUACUACUUGCCGUCUGGAUCAUUACACUAAUAUAUUUGAAGAAAUGACACUCUAGCACUGUUCCGAUAUUUAAAGUGCUGGUUUUUUUAAAAAAAACUUUUUCUAUAUUAUAGCAAUCUCUCUCAGAUGAAGAGAGAAAUUAAUGCAUUGUAUACUACUUGAUUUUGGUUAAAGGAACACUGACCUCUAGUGAGUCAUGAAACUCUAGAAAUGAUAUAAAUUUACAAUAUUUACAUAUGUGUUUUCGAAGGCUUACAUGGCCGGAAUCACUGGGUUGCCAUGAGUUUUCCGGGCUGUAUGGUCAUGUUCCAGAAGCAUUCUCUCCUGCCGUUUCGCCCAUAUCUAUGGCAGGCAUCCUCAGAGGUUGUGAGGUAUAUUAUUUGAGAACACAGAAAUGCUGGACCACUCUAGCAACCACUAUGUCAGACUACACAGAGAAGCCACUAAAAUCCACAAGCAUGUGGACAAUUUCAGCAGAAAGGAGGAAAACAUGGAAAUGAACAAAAUCUGGCUACCAGUAUUUAAAACAACUUUAAAAUCAGACACUAAAUAAAGAACAACACUCUGAAAACAGGGAAAUUCCAGACCGGAAACAAUCAAGGCCAGUUAAUCACCUCCCAACAAAGGAUUCCCCCAGACAGGAAGCAGCCAGGCUUUGAAGCUGCAAGGCUUUUCAAUGCUAAUCAAGGUGAUUAAUUGCAACAUUCACAGUUGUCUUCAACAGACAAAGAGGUUUUUUUUCUCCCACCCUGGAUUUUCCAAAGAUAUAUAAACCUCCCUUACCUAGUUUCUAAUAUACCUCACAACCUCUGAGGAUGCCUGCCAUAGAUGUCGGUGAAACGUUGGGAGAGAAUGCUUCUGGAACAUGGCCAUACGGCCCGGAAAACUCGCAGCAACCCAAUAUUUACAUAUAUAAUUUAAAAUUCUUGACAGCAUUUAGUGUUGAGAGAAAAAUACAUAUAUUGAGUUCGGUGGACUUUAUUUCCAGGUGAGUGAGUAUAGGAUUGUGGCCUUCAUAUUUUGUUUUGUAAGGCACGAAACUUUAACAAUGUUUAGCACUUUUAAUCUCUGAUGUGUUACAGUUGAUUCCCAGUUAAGAAAGAUCCAGGUCUGUGUCCUGUGAUAUGAGAUCACUGUCUAUAUAUUUUCUAACUUUCCUUUAUAAUGAAGGUUUUUAGCAGCUUCCACAAGAUUAUGUUUGUUCCAUCUGAAGUGAGCGAACAAACUGGAAAAUAUUGGGAUCUAGUCCUUAAGAUGCUGGAUUGUUGCAAAGAAAAUAAUUAAGAUCCUGAAACUUGGCAGAUAUGGUGGAAAGUUGAUCCCAUUGCCUUCAUUUUAAUUUCAGAAAAGUAGUACGUAAAAGAGGUCCCAUACUCCAAUGUGCCAUGAAAAAAUUGUAGUUCUGUGUAGAAAAAGUCUACAGGAUUGUGCAAUGCUGUUUUUGUGUUCAAGAAUUAAUGGGCAUUGGAUCGAGUGAAGUGACAAAGGUUUGGAAAGGUUGUUACCCUGCUGAAACAAUUCUGUAGCUUUAAAAUAGUAAUAACAUAAUAAUGAUAAUACUUCACAGCAUGAUUUUGAAGACAAAUUUGAGGUCUGUCAGAACUUUGCAAGGUUAAGUGCAAUAAAAAAGCUGCCAUGACAACAAUUUGUCAGUAGAAGAGAAUUUCUCUCUAUUCAGAAUAGUUGUAUUCUGAAUCUUAAGCUUUGGUGCAUUAGACAGGAAGGUGCUUAAACAACAAAAGCUGAUGAUUCAGCCCUCUGCCCACAUCAGUUUUGGAUAUUUCUCAUACAAAAUCCCCCCCAGUGUAUGCAAUUGUCCACAAACCUUGGUUAUCUUUCAUCUCACAAUCUACAGCUGGUUAAGCAAGUGAUACAAACCGUGUCUGCAUAGGCUACUAUGACAAUGCACCAAAUGUAAUAUUAAGACAUCACAGGCAAGCAUGCACAAAUGAAUAAAAUAUUAACUUGAAAAAAAACCCAACAACCAGGACCUAAAAGAUUGUAUAGUUAAUUUUUAGGAAAUUUUAGACUUGCGAUUCCUGAAUUGCAAGUCUGCAUGCUGCAUGCCAAACAUUUUCUGAAUCUAAAGAAGGCUUAAAAGGAAUUCGUACUAUGGCAUUGAGGCUGCUUUUAACAAGAAAAAUCCCAGAGUGUGUGGGCUUCUCUGAUGUAGUUCUUUGGAUUUCUGUUACUGCUUGAUCUAUUUUCUGUAUAAUAAUUAUUAUAAAAAGUGUUAUUACAAUUGAUGCUGGAAGUACACGGAUCUAAAGUUAACGUUGGAUUCCCCUGUUCAUUUUAAUAAAAAUAAUAAUACACUUUAAUUAUAUUCCACCCUUCUCCCCUAAGGGACUCAGAGCGGAUUGCAGCAUUUACAUCCAUAGGCAAACAUUCAGUGCCUUUACAAUCAUAUACAACGAGACACACAAACAAAAAGGCAGAGGCUUCACCUUUCAUUUCCGGCAUCUGGAGGCGGUGCUCAUCUCUGGCUCUGGGAGGAGCUUUUCUCCAUUUUCAAACCGAGGAGCCUGUGUUGUCACCUCCUAGUCAUGUGGCUGGCAAGAUUGUUUGCAGUGUCUCUUUGCCUUUUCCUGCCAAAGCGUACCUAUUUAUCUACUCACAUUUGCAUGUUUUCGAACUGCUGGGUUGGCAUGAGCUGGAACUUACAGAUGAGAGCUCACCCUGUUUUGUGGAUUCAAACUGCUAACCUUCAAAUCAGCAAUUUAACCAACCUUCAGGUCAGCAAUUCAGCAGUACAAGGGUUUAAUCCAUUGCGUCACCGUGAUGGCUCCUUCCUUUUAAACUCUGUUAUGUUGUUUCUCAAAACUUAUGCAAACCUUUUGAAAAGCUAAUGAUUUUUUAAUUUCUAUAACAAAUUUGUUCUCAUUCUUAAUGGAAUAACUAAAGUGGUUAAUUGAGUUGAAAUUAAUUUACAAGGUUGGCAGCAAGCAUCCUUUCCAUUAAUAGACCUGAGAAUGUUUUAUUUCCACACCCUCGCUGCCAUUGAAAAAUGUUGGAAAGCUCUAUUCCAUUUAAUUCUUUGUUGGGAACUGCUUUGAUACAUGCACAGUGAAGUCCGUGUCUAUGUGGAAUACUGUAUAGGAACUCAGCGCAUGAAUACUUGAAUAGGAGAUGCUAGUUUGGGCCCAGUGUCUCUGACUUUAUCAUAAUGUCUUAAGUGAGUUUGGGCCCGUUGUUUUUGCCAUCCGAGUGAUGCUGGUAUGAAAUUUAAGGAGCUUACCAGGUUUGCUUCCUCCUUGAACGCCGUGUGUGGUGUGUUUUAAGAGACUUCAGUGUUAAACUUAAUGUCUUAUGAAUUUCUUCUUUGAUGUAUUCAAUAUACUGUAAAUAUUAUUGUACAUUAUAAAUAUAUUCAGAAUGUGUAAAA